GCGGCGCAGCCGGGCGCGGGGAGGUGAGCGGCGUGGGAGGAGAGUGCGCGCAGAGGCGGCGGCGGCGCGCACGGGACGGUGUGUGUGUGUGUGUGUGUGAGGGAGACACCGGGGCAGGGGAAGCGGCUGCGCUCGGCUCCGGGAUAGACGCUGCCGAGCGGGAGGCGCCGCCCCGGCUCCCCCCGUUAUCACCGAGACGGAGGGAAAGCGCCGGGCGCGCCCGGGGACUGGGAUAAAAACAAGCAAAUAGCGAGGAGCGCCCGCCCCCGACCAGGAGACCCCCCCGGCCCGGCCCGGCUCGGCCCGGCGGAGAGGCCCCGGCACCGAGCGCCCCGGCGGCAGCGGCGGAGGAGGAGGAUGUCGGGCGGCGGCAGCCGGGAGGAGGAGCGGCGCAAACUCGCCGAUAUCAUCAACCACUGGAACGCGAACCGGCUGGACCUGUUCGAGAUCAGCCCCCCCACCGAGGAUUUGGAGUUUCAUGGAGUCAUGAGAUUUUAUUUUCAAGACAAAGCAGCUGGAAACUUUGCAACAAAAUGUAUUCGUGUUUCUAGCACUGCCACAACGCAAGAUGUAAUAGAAACCCUUGCAGAGAAAUUCCGACCAGAUAUGCGAAUGUUGUCAUCUCCUAAAUAUUCACUUUAUGAAGUGCAUGUCAGUGGAGAAGAAAGAAGAUUAGAUAUAGAUGAGAAGCCUCUUGUUGUACAGUUAAAUUGGAACAAAGAUGACCGAGAGGGGAGGUUUGUUCUUAAGAAUGAAAAUGAUACACUUCCUCCAAAGAAGGCUCAGAGCAAUGGGCCUGAAAAACAAGAAAAAGAGGGAGUGAUCCAGAACUUCAAACGGACUCUAUCAAAGAAAGAAAAGAAAGAAAAGAAGAGGCGAGAGAAAGAGGCAUUGCGACAAGCAUCAGAUAGAGAUGAUAGACCUUUUCAUGGAGAUGAUCUUGAGAAUUCUCGUCUUGCAGCAGAGGUGUACAAAGAUAUGCCGGAGACCAGCUUCACUCGCACAAUAUCCAAUCCUGAGGUAGUCAUGAAACGACGGCGACAACAGAAACUAGAGAAGAGAAUGCAGGAGUUCCGCAGCUCUGAUGGCCGGCCAGACUCAGGUGGGACCCUGAGGAUUUAUGCAGACAGUUUAAAACCAAAUAUACCAUACAAGACCAUCCUGCUGUCCACCACAGAUACUGCAGACUUUGCAGUUAUUGAAGCACUGGAGAAGUACGGUCUGGAAAAGGAAAAUCCCAAGGAUUACUGUAUUGCUCGGGUUAUGCUUCCUCCUGGUGCUCAACACUCUGAUGAUAAAGGUGCUAAAGAAAUUAUCCUUGAUGAUGAUGAGUGCCCACUUCAAAUAUUCAGGGACUGGUCUAGCGAUAAAGGAAUACUAGUCUUUCAGUUGAAAAGACGGCCUUCUGACUAUAUCCCAAAGAAAACCAAGAAACAAAUUGAUGGAAAGCCAUUAAAGGGGAAGGAAAGAGUUGACGGGUCUGGCUAUGGCUCUUGCCUUCCUCCAGAGAAACUACCCUACCUGGUGGAAUUAAGCCCCGGGAGAAGGAAUCACUUUGCCUACUACAACUAUCACACUUAUGAAGAUGGCUCUGACUCCAGAGAUAAGCCAAAACUCUAUCGUCUACAAUUAAGUGUCACUGAAGUUGGAACAGAAAAAUUUGAUGACAAUUCUAUCCAGUUGUUUGGUCCAGGAAUUCAGUCUCAUCACUGUGACCUCACCAAUAUGGAUGGAGUUGUUACUGUUACACCAAGAAACAUUGAUGCUGAAACUUAUGUGGAAGGUCAGCGUAUUUCAGAGACCACCAUGCUGCAAAGUGGCAUGAAGGUUCAGUUUGGAUCAUCUCAUGUAUUUAAAUUUGUGGAUCCCAGUCAGGACCACAUUAUUCCUAAAAGAACUCUAGAUGCAGGUCUCAUGAUCAAAGGUCCAAGGCACAAAACUGGGGUUGUUCAGGAAACAACAUUUGAUCUGGAGGGAGAUGUUCACAGUGGAACAGCAUUACCAGCGAGCAAGAGCACCAACAGAUUGGAUGGUGACAGAACUUCAUCAGCAUCCAGCACAGCUGAACGAGGAAUGGUGAAGCCAAUGAUUAGAGUAGAACAGCAGCAAGAUUAUCGCAGGAAUGAUGGCAGACCUCAGGACAUGGUUGGGCCAGAACUGAUAUUACCUGCAAGCAUCGAAUUCAAGGAAAGUUCUGAAGAUGCCUUCUUAUCUGCCAUUAUUAAUUAUACCAACAGCUCGACAGUUCAUUUUAAAUUAUCACCUACUUAUGUUUUGUACAUGACGUGUCGGUAUGUAUUGUCAAACCAGUACAGACCUGACAUCAGUCCUACUGAGCGUACCCACAAAGUCAUUGCAAUAGUCAACAAGAUGGUGAGCAUGAUGGAAGGAGUUAUACAGGAGGUAGACCAGGUUGAUCAGAAGCAGAAGAAUAUUGCUGGGGCACUUGCCUUUUGGAUGGCAAAUGCAUCUGAAUUGCUCAACUUCAUUAAGCAAGACCGCGACCUUAGCCGAAUUACUUUAGAUGCACAAGAUGUUUUGGCACAUUUGGUUCAAAUGGCUUUCAAAUAUUUAGUUCACUGUCUUCAGUCAGAGCUUAACAAUUACAUGCCAGCAUUCCUUGAUGAUCCAGAUGAAAAUAAUCUUCAAAGGCCUAAAAUAGAUGAUGUCUUGCAUACACUAACUGGAGCUAUGUCCCUGUUGCGACGAUGUAGAGUGAAUGCUGCACUGACUAUACAGCUCUUCUCCCAGCUCUUUCACUUUAUCAACAUGUGGCUUUUUAAUAGAUUGGUUACUGACCCAGAUUCCGGAUUGUGUUCGCAUUACUGGGGAGCCAUCAUCCGUCAACAGUUGGGCCAUAUCGAGGCCUGGGCAGAAAAACAGGGCUUAGAGCUGGCUGCUGAUUGCCACCUAAGUAGGAUAGUGCAGGCAACUACACUACUUACCAUGGAUAAAUACUCACAUGAUGACAUUCCAAAUAUUAACAGUACCUGCUUUAAGUUGAAUUCUCUACAGCUACAGGCAUUACUGCAGAAUUAUCACUGUGCUCCAGAUGAACCAUUUAUCCCAACAGAGUUGAUAGAGAAUGUAGUGGCUGUUGCAGAAAAUACAGCUGAUGAACUAGCUCGUAGUGAUGGCAGAGAAGUCCAGCUAGAAGAGGAUCCUGAUCUACAGCUGCCUUUUCUUUUGCCAGAAGAUGGCUAUUCAUGUGAUGUUGUCAGAAACAUUCCAAGUGGUUUACAAGAAUUUUUAGAUCCACUAUGCCAGAGAGGCUUUUGCAGGCUGACACCUCACCCGCGUUCACCAGGCACUUGGACAAUGUAUUUUGAAGGUGCAGAUUAUGAAAGUCACCUCUUACAUGAGAAUGCUGAGCUAGCUCAGCCUUUGAGGAAAGAACCUGAAAUCAUCACAGUAACAUUAAAGAAACAAAAUGGAAUGGGCCUAAGCAUUGUGGCUGCUAAGGGUGCAGGUCAAGAUAAACUUGGAAUCUAUGUCAAGUCUGUUGUAAAAGGAGGAGCUGCAGAUGUGGAUGGUCGGCUAGCUGCAGGUGAUCAGUUGCUCAGCGUGGAUGGUCGAAGUUUAGUGGGUCUGUCCCAAGAAAGGGCAGCAGAGCUUAUGACAAGAACAGGUUCUGUAGUGACCCUAGAAGUAGCAAAACAAGGAGCAAUUUACCAUGGUCUGGCAACACUGCUUAACCAGCCAUCCCCAAUGAUGCAAAGAGUUUCAGACCGCCGUGGCUCAGGUAAACCCCGACCAAAGAGUGAAGGUUUUGAGCUGUAUAAUAAUUCUGCUCAAAAUGGAUCACCUGAGAGCCCUCAGCUGCCUUGGACAGAGUAUAAUGAACCAAAGAAGCUGUCAGGGGAUGACAGACUGAUGAAGAAUCGAGCUGAUCAUCGCUCCAGUCCCAAUGUAGCAAAUCAGCCACCAAGCCCUGGAGGGAAGAAUGCUUAUGCUGCUGGAACUACCACCAAGAUAACUUCAGUUUCUACUGGAAAUCUUUGUACAGAGGAGCAGACACUGCCACCAAGACCUGAAGCUUAUCCUAUACCAACACAAACCUAUACCAGAGAAUAUUUCACAUUCCCAGCUUCAAAAUCCCAGGAUCGAAUGGGUCCUGCUCAGAAUCAGUGGCCAAGUUAUGAAGACAAACCACAGAUCCAGGCAGAGAGUAAUGACUCAAUUAGUGCUGCAAUGCAGCGUGCAGCUCAUUCCCAGGAAGAACUUCGAGAUGAUAAAGUUUUUCAACCAGAAAGGAAUCGUCUGGAGAUGGUUAUAAGAAAGGAUGUAGAAUACAUUGAUCGAAAGUCAGACAGUGAUCCAUGGAUGAAUUCAUCUGUGGAUUCCAGCACAUCUAGCCAAGAGCAUCUGAACCACUCCUCCAAAUCUAUUUCCCCUGGUUCUUGUUUAACCAAAAGUGGACCCGGCCGUUGGAAAACUCCAGUCAUCAACCAGCCAACACCAGUGGCAGUUUCCCAGCCAAUCAGAACAGACCUUCCUCCACCUCCCCCUCCUCCACCAGUGCACUAUGCAGCUGAUUUUGAUGGACUGCAAAUGGAUUUGCCUUUGCCUCUGCCUCCACCUCCCCCUCCAAACCAGCUAGGAAUGCAAGUGUCUUUGCAGGUAGCUGCUGCAGAACGUAAAAAAAGAGAGGAGCAUCAGCGGUGGUAUGAAAAGGAAAAAGCACGUCUGGAGGAAGAGCGAGAGAGGAAGCGUCGUGAGCAGGAAAGGAAAUUGGGCCAGAUGCGUACUCAGCCACUAAUUCCUGCACAGCCUAUGGUUCCUCCUGUUUCUGUGCAGCAGGUGAAACCAGAAAAGCCUUCAACGUUGCAGAGGUCCCAGGACACUGUCAUUCGAGAGCUACAGCCCCAACAGCAACCCCGAACCAUUGAACGAAGAGAUCUGCAGUACAUCACCAUCAGCAAAGAAGAACUGUCCUCCAGUGAUAGCUUGUCUCCUGAUCCCUGGAAACGGGAUGCUAAGGAGAAGCUAGAGAAGCAACAGCAGAUGCACAUUGUGGACAUGCUGAGUAAAGAGAUUCAGGAACUUCAAAACAAGCCCGAUCGUACAGCAGAAGAGAACGACCGCCUGCGCAAACUUAUGCUCGAGUGGCAGUUCCAGAAACGACUCCAAGAGUCAAAGCAAAAGGAUGAGGAUGAUGAUGAGGAAGAAGAUGAUGAUGUGGAUACCAUGCUAAUUAUGCAACGGCUGGAGGCUGAAAAAAGAGCCAGGCAGACUGCUGUGCCAGCAAUCUCUGUUCUAGAUUUGUUACAGGAUGAAGAGCGUAGACGGCAGCAACAGUUAGAAGAGAUGCGUAAGCGAGAAGCCGAAGAUAGGGCCAGGCAAGAAGAAGAGCGCCGGCGCCAGGAGGAGGAGCGGACCAAGAGGGAGGCUGAAGAAAAGAGGCGACAGGAGGAGGAGUAUUACAACCGCUUGGAAGCUGAAAGGCGCAGACAGCAUGAUGAGGCAGAACGAAGAUUACUGGAACCUGACGAGCCUGGUCUGUACAGACCUCCGCUUCCACGGGAAUAUGAGCUCCCACCCCCACCCCCUUCAUCUAAUGCUCCUCCUCCCCCACCUCAGCGAAACACCUCUUACCUCAAAACACAGGUCCUCUCCCCUGACACAGUUUAUACUGCCAAGUUUGUUGCAUACAAUGAUGAGGAGGAGGAGGAUUCCACUCUAGCAGGUCAGGAUAAGUACUCCAGCACAAGAAAAUCUUAUGGUGACCUUCCUCCUGCCACCCUUCUGCCACAGCAGUCCUUCCGCCAGCCGCGCCCAGUCUCAGAUGGCAUCUUUCUUUCCACCUCAUUCCAGCCACCCUCCGUCAAUGCCAACAGUACUGCUUCCAACCCAAGUCAUCCCCCUUCCCCAUCAAACAAACCAAGUUUCUUCCAUCCCAGCAGCUCAAAAGGACCAAAUCCUUACACUGGAUCUACAGGAGCAAUUGUUGGAGCCCAUGAAGUUUAUCGGGAUCCAAGAGAGAAGAGAUCUAAAAGUCAAGAUAUAGAUUUACCUGGAGCACCGGAGAACUUGACAUUCAGGGAGCGCCAACGACUUUUUUCCCAGGGCCAGGAUGUAUCGAAUAAAGUAAAGGCUUCUAGGAAAUUAAUGGAACUGGAAAAUGAGUUGAACACAAAAUAAGAUAAAAGCACCUUAUCAAAUUUACUGAAAGAUCUCUAAAAUAAUGGGUCAGUUCAAGAUGAGAGUGUAUUGUCUGUGAAGAGUGAGUUUGAUUCCUCUGUAUCUAAGACUGUUAAUUGAGAUUUAGAGAUGUUGCAAUAGCAAGAAUACUGAUUACUUUACCAAGAGCUUGUGGUUUAUACAAUUAAAGCACUGUAAAAUUUUAAUUAUAUGAAUCACGUGAAGGUCACUUUUUUCUUUUGUUUUGGGGAUUAACUUUUUCUGCAAUAGACCAAGUAGCACUUGUCAAAGAUAAGUUCUGUUUCCUGGUCUUUUACAGACAUACUUUGUUUUAGCUGCUGAGCAGAGCGAGUGAGAAUAGUUUGAACUGCCUAAAUUAAUCUGUGCACUAGCUGUUGAUAUCUAUAGGUGGUUUGACACAGAAGCCAAUCUCUGGGCUGUUUUACAAAGGUCUAAGUUUAUAUAUACAAGUUUUACGUAUUGUAUGCUGUUCAUACAGACUAUUAGCAUAUCAGUACAAACCUCUUAUUACCUAGCAUUAGAGUAAUAGGGUUUGCCUGGAUAAAGUCUUUGAGUGAAACAGUUUUAAUCCUCUAGGUGUUUUGUUUGGGUCUAAAAUGGAUGCAUAACAGAAACUGUUUAAUCCAUAACCAUGGAAAAGCAUAUACAUGCAUACAUCCCUCUUGUAAAUGACGUGUCUGGUUUACAAACCUUUUAAAGCAAAACAAGAACAAAGCUGGAGAUGAAAAACCUUGGGGUUUUGUUUUGUUGAACACUGUAUUGAAAUAACAGAAUAUAACAAGCAAUAGAUAAUGGGCUACCUUAGUGGCCCUAUCAUAGCUAGGACCAAAAUGUUAAAUGUUCAAGAUGGAAGUAAUGAUUCCAGGUCCAAAGCUAGCAGAACUAAGGCAUGCAUUUUCCAAGGAGUGUAGAAUAGAGAGUAUUAAGCAACUAGCCACGGAGCAUCAUUGAUGGAGUUUGUUAUAGCAGCUGAGCUACAUACUACUGUUGGAGAAGAAAAAUGGUAUAACAUACAGUAAGACUGAUGUUUGAAAUAUCAAAUACAAUGUUGCUGGCUGUGAAUAUGAAUGUCAGUGAGAUGGGUUGACUUCUUCUCUUGAAAGCACACCACCAUUAUUAAUAUUGAGAAAGUAGUGCUAGUCAAGCUGUCCUUCAUCUAUCUGGUUUUACUUGCCUCCUCUUAUAUUGUUAUUUACUGUAGAGAAUCUUCUCAGCAGUUCAAGCUAUUUUUACAUAUUGAUAGCCUUAUUUAAUUUUGAAUUGUUGGACUCUUUUUGUUCCUCCCACUGUUGUUUCUUCAGCUAUGCAUAUAUGGCUGAUGUUAGGGAUAAGGACCUCAUCAGAGUUUUUCUCUUUGUGUGACAUUAAGACAAAAUAUAUUAUUGUGAUUCCAAACAAAUUUUCUAUUUGCAAAGCCCUAAAUUGGGCUUUAGAUGAUUUUUCUGUAUCAUAUUGUUCUCUUAUAAAUAUAUAUUUAGGGAAUUAUGCACACUUCCAAAUACAGAGGGGUAGACUUUCACUGCCUUAGAAAAGAAAUCACUUUUAAUAAGAGUUGUAUGAUAAAUAAAUGCAAGUUAAUGAAAAUUGGAGUGUAAAUAUUUGUUUUUUACAUAUUUCAGGUUUCUUAUUUGAAAGUGUGCUUUUACCGUUUCACCUGUUAAAUAUGAAGUAGGAGAUUAAACCGGUUCAAAGUGUUAAUGAAGGAUUUGCAUGCUUGCUGUGUCUGUUAAUCAGGAAAAGCAAGCCUCUCCCAAUUUAUCUUGAGAACACUAGCAGCCUUACAGUGACAAAAUGCUCUUUUCUUCAGAAAAAAAAUUUAUGCUGUGGCUGAAAUACUGUUGCUGCUAGAAUCUGAAAAGGCUUAGCAAAAAAAUACAUAUAACCUUCAGUUGAGUGGAUUUGGCCGCUAUUGGGCAUUCGGGUCAAGUGUGAAUAUGUGUAAAAGUGCUUUUCAUAUUUGUCUGUGCAUUAUUAUGGAAAAACAUGAAAACUGCUGUAGUUUCCCAUUUCUACUGUAUUUCACUUGCAACCUAUUUUUAAUAAACUUUGUAUUGUAUUUAA